AUGGGAUCGCAGGCUGGUGCGGUCCAGGUGAAUACCAACGUCAUCUUACAACAGCCCCUGAUUAAGAAGUCCCAGCAGAAGAGGAGAACGUCCCCCGCGAACUUCAAAUCCCGGGUCUUCAUCCUCACACCCUCCUCACUCAGCUAUUACGAGCACAGGAAAGGGAAAAUCCGCAAUCUUAGGGGCGUCAUUCAAUUAUCCCGCAUUAAAUGCGUAGAAAUUGUGACAACUGACGCUUGCAUUGCCUGCAGAAAUAAGUACCCUUUUCAGAUUGUCCAUGAUAACUACCUUCUAUAUGUGUUCGCUCCAGACAAAGAGAGUCGGCAGAAGUGGGUACUGACCUUAAAAGAAGAGACCAAGGACAAUGAUACCCUCAUCCCGAAAUAUCACCCCAACUUCUGGCUGGACGGAAGGUGGAGAUGCUGCUCCCAGACUGAGAAGAUGGCAGGAGGGUGUGCCUUAUAUGACCCCAACAAAGACGCCACAAAGAAGCCUUUGCCCUCCAUCCCAGAGGACAACAUGAUUAACCCCUUACCGAUGAGCUGGCUGCAGGCGUUAUACGACUACAACCCACAGAACUCCCAGGAGCUGGCUCUCCGCAGAGGGGAGGAAUAUGUGCCGCUGGACGCCUCGGAAGUGCACUGGUGGAAGCUGCAGGAUAGGAAUGGGCACACAGGUUAUGCCCCGAGCAGCUACCUGGCAAAGAACACUCAAGACAGUCUCCAGGCAUAUGAAUGGUACAACGGUAGCAUCAACAGAAAGCAAGCUGAAAAGCUCCUCAGUGACCGGGGGAUAGAAGGAGCCUUUAUGGUCCGAGACUCAAGGCUGCCGGGAACCUAUACCGUAUCUAUCUUCACUAAAGCCCUUUGUGAGAAAAACCAGGUGGUGAAGCACUAUCACAUACGGCAGACCUGCGACAUCCCACCCAAAUAUUACCUGGCCGAAAAAAACGUCUUCGGCUCUAUACCCGAGCUCAUUCAUUACCAUCAACAUAAUGGAGGGGGUUUGGUUAGCAGACUUCGGUACCCCGUGUGUUGCGGGAAGGAGGUGGUCCCAGUCACAGCUGGACUGAGCUAUGGAAAGUGGGAGAUUGACCCCACACUCCUGAGCUUCGAUAAAGAGAUCGGCAGCGGGCAGUUCGGAGUGGUUCAUCUCGCGACCUGGCGAGGAACGAGGAAAGUGGCAGUGAAGAUGAUCAAGGAAGGGAUGAUGUCAGAGGAGGACUUUGUGGAGGAAGCCCAGGUGUUGAUGAAGCUUUCUCACCCGAAGUUGGUGCAGUUCCUGGGGGUCUGCGCUCAGCAGCCUCCCCUGUUUCUGGUCUUUGAGUUCAUGGAGCAUGGCUGCCUGACUGACUACCUCCGUGGACAUAGGGGCACCCUGAACCGGGAAACCGCUCUGGGGAUGUGUCAGGAUGUAUGCGAGGGGAUGGAAUACCUAGAGAAGUCUAACUUCAUCCACAGGGACUUGGCUGCGCGGAACUGUCUAGUUGGAGAAUCCUUGGUAGUCAAAGUGUCAGAUUUUGGAAUGACCAGGUUUGUCCUUGACGACCAGUACACCAGCUCCACCGGCACCAAAUUUCCAGUGAAGUGGUCAGCUCCGGAGGUCUUCCGAUACGGACGUUACAGCAGCAAGUCAGAUGUCUGGUCUUACGGAGUAUUGGUCUGGGAGAUCUUCAGUGAGGGUAAAACACCCUUUGAGCAUCUUAGUAACUCGGAAGUAGUAGAAGAAAUAUCAGCUGGGCUGAGGCUCUUCAAACCCAGGUUGGCUUCGCAGAUGGUUUACCAGUUAAUGAACAAGUGUUGGCAGGAGAAAGCGGAAUUGCGGCCAACAUUUGGCCAGCUGAUGAAGGAGAUCAUGGAAACUGCAGAGUGCGAUCUCCAGGGAACGUGGUGGUAGAACUGGAAAUUCAGACAUCUGUAUUUUAUUGUGAAGAAUUGGGGUCGGGAUGGAGGACUCCUAUGGACUCAUGCUUUAUGUCUUCCCAUCUGGAGAUUGUUAGUGUUUUGCGUAAGAGCGAUAUAGCCUUCUUGCUUCUUGUGGCAAUCUGAACUGUAUUGGUUGACCUGGACUUCAUGGUGUCUUGAGAAGAACGCCAUUUUUUUUCUAUGGCCUAAACCAGCGGAGCCAUGGAAGGUUUAUGAACCAAUAAUAUUACUUGUCCUAUCUUUGGACAUCUUAAAAAAAGAAUUUGUUUAAGCAACGAUGACCACAAAGAUCAGCAAAUGGGAAGAUGAUGUGAUUUAUAAGGCAACAUCAUGAUCAUUAAAUAUUUUAAUUUGGAUUAUAAUCAGGAGCCCCUUUGGGACGUUGUAGACAGGUCUUUGCUAGACUAGGCAGUAACCCUUGUCAAUUGUUAUCCAUGGCACUCUUAAAAGUUAAAUGAUAAUACUUUUAAUAUUAUGUAUGUUAUUUAUUGAUAAUAUUAUUGUUUUUUUAUUUUCAUCUUACAACA